AAAGUACGUUUGGCAUUAAUAAAAACGUGUUGUAUAAGGGUCCACCUCAUUUUACCUUUGGAUGGCAGGGAACAUUAGAAGAACAAGCCACUCGUACACACUUAAUUUUUAAUCAUACGACCUUCCAUUAUAUGCCUUAAGCACCACAUCUAAUCUACACUUAACCAUUUACUAUUAUUGAACACGAAGUUCUUGAGCCGACGCGCCAUUCGUGUGCCGAUUUGAAUAUUGGCUAACUCUCCCAACGUCAAUGAAGCCACAUGGUAAGCAUCUUAAUUGCUAUAUAUCCGGUAGCAAUGGCACAAUGCUUGGGCAGCCAGGAAGGAGUAGCUGACCUGUAACUGAAGCCCCAUAUGAAAGCAAAGUCACAUUAUUUUUUCAAUUCCACGACAGUUAAGGCUAAAGAAAUGACAGAUUAGAGCCUUUGUUAGCCAAAUGAAUAUCAGCUCACCAAAUUCAAAGGCAUAUCCACAUGGCCACAUUAUAAUCACAUGCUCAGCGUCCCACUUUUGUGCCUACUACCUAUAUAAAUAUCCUUGAUUGAUCAUGUUCAUUGCUCAUCAGGAAAUUUAGUCUCUUCUCACAAAGAAAAAAGUAAGACACAAAGAGCCAUGGCUACUCUUUCUUUUUCAAAAGCCAAGCCCUUUCGAUCAAUCAGUUUGCCUGUCAGAUCACACCCUACCACUCAAAGAGUUGAAGAGGCGCUCAAUAAGCUCAAUGGGUUGGAGACAUCAGUUGCACCAACAGCGGAAACAAUCUUUAACAGCUUGCUCGGUUUGGAAGAGUUACAAAAGUGCAUGGAUGAUCUUCUUAACUCGCCUCAAACUCUUCAGAUACUCUCCCAACACCAACAUGGGAUAUGGUUUGAGGAGUUACUGGAAAAAUCAGUAAGGAUUCUUGAUGUUUGCGGCAAUACAAGGGAAAUUGUCUCUCAAUAUAAGGAAAAUGUAAGAGCUCUUCAAUCCUCACUCAGAAGACGAAAAAGAGAUUCCAGUGCAGAAGCUGGAAUCGCAAGAUUCACCACUUUCAGCAAGAAAAUGAAGAAGGACGCCAAAAGAUUAGUCUUGGCUCUGAAGCAAGUAGAUUGUGAAACUUUCACCUCAGCAUUCCUGGAAGCAGAUCAGGAGACAAUAGCUGUGAUUAGAGCACUAAAGGAAGCUAAUGCAGUUUGUAUUUUGGUUAUCCAAAAUAUCUUGUCCCUCUUGUCUGUGCCAAUUUUGAAGCCGAAGCAGCCAAAAUGGUCAUUGGUUUCAAAAUUGAUAAACAGCGCAAGAAUAGAACACGAAGGCCUAGAAAACAACACGAACUUGGAAACAAGAUUGGAGACUGUGGAGGCUCAACUUGACAGCAUCGAAAAGGGAUUGGAAGGAACAUUUAGGAGCCUGAUUAGAUCAAGAAGCUUGCUCCUGAAUGUUUUCUCCUGCUAAAUGUUCCUACUCCAUUAACUGUAUAGUUCACCAUAAUUCUGUACAUGAACAAUUUUGUACCUAUGCUAGAAAUAUAUUAUACACAAAUUUAUCAUUAUACUCCAAAUUUCGUGUAUCUUUCUCUCUAUUAAUGAGCAACUCGUGCACAGCUAUGUAAAAAUGAAAAUUUUCUUUACGCGUCUUAAACUUCA